UCUGCAUGUAGGCAUUUCUAAAAAUAACUUCCGUAUUGAAUGUUGACAGUCUUUGGCAAGACAGUGAUCAUUUUGAUGUAAUCAUAUCUUUGAGAAGUUAACAAAGAACAACAAAUGUACUUUGACAACGACUUGAUGUAAUGUAUGAAUCAGAGUUCAUGACCUAAAUAUGAGAGUGGAUCCAGAUGAUUCAAUGAGUUCCAGUACGUCUGCAUCUUCUUCUACAGAUGACAGCAUGGAACAAGAUGAGUUGCGACUUAUUUUGAUUGGCAAAACAGGUUCAGGAAAAAGUUCAUCUGGCAAUACCAUUCUUGGGUCAAAAGUAUUCAAAAGUAGUUCUUUUGGAAACUCAGUAACUGAGGAAUGUAGUUUUGGUACGGUGACAAGAAAUGGGAAAUCUGUGCUGGUUAUAGACACCCCGGGUUUGUGUGGAACUGACAAGGAUGAAGAUGAGAUCAAGAAAGAGGUUGUCAAGUCUGUGUAUCUAGCAGCACCGGGGCCACAUGCUGUUAUUUACGUGUUCCCAGUCGGAGAUCGGUUCACCAAGGAAGAGCAGAAAACCGUUGAUUUGUUUUAUCAAUAUUUCGGCAGGCAGGUCAGCAGUUACUUUCUAGUAUUAUUCACUAGAAAAGAUUUCCUUGUCCGAGAUGACAUCAAUGAAAAAGAAUAUCUAUUAAACUUGCCUCCUGGUCUUGACCAGUUUGUUUUUGAAUGUGGUGGCCGUACUGUAUUUUUUGACAACUUUGCUGAGGAAACGGAAAAAGAAGGGCAGGUCCUACAACUUGUUGAAACCGUUGAAACCAUUCUGAAGGCCAAUGGACGUGGAUACUACACAUCGAAUCUGCUGAAUGAAGCUGAGAAAGAAAUGAGACAGCGUGAUGAUUUAUUCCUAAAAGAUAAUGAAGUGAACAGACAGAAAGAAGAACAGAGCAUAAAGGACAGAUACAGGGAACAUUUGGAGAAAGAAGUGGAUGCAAGAAAAAAAGCAGAAAUUGAAGACAGCAUCGAGGUUCAGCUUUCCAGCUUGCAUAAAUCUUGGGAGAAGAAAGCACGCAAUGAAUCGCGAUCACAGAUUACAAAAGGAUUGUUCCUGGGAGCUCUCUUUGGUAGUCUUCUUGGUGGUGCUGUAAUUGGGAGCUUGACGUAUGGGAAAGUGGUUGCUGCUACAGCUGCAGUUGAGGCAGCCAAAGCUGCUGCUGCUGCUGCUUCUGCUGCUGCUCAGCGAGCAAUGGAGCAGCUGGCCAAUGCACCAGCCGCAACUGUUCAGAAGACAACAAGUGAUGGAUCUGCAAUGGCAUCUAUUGCCUUACUGGCUCUUGGAGCAGUGCUGUCAGCAGUCUUGAAAGCAUAAAAUUCAGUGGGUUUUUUAGAAGACCAGUUAGUUAAAAAAAAGUGGAAUUUUGCUAUGUAUUUCAGAUUUUCUUGUAGUAACUUGCAUGUAUGCACGUACAGUUUGGUGUAGCAGGAAUGAGAUCUUUGGAACUUGAUUGAACAUGGUGUAAAUGGUUCUAUUGCCUUACUGGCUCUUGGAGCAGUGCUGUCAGCAGUCUUGAAAGCAUAAAAUUCAGUGGGUUUUUUAAAAGACCAGUUAGUUAAAUAAGUGGAAUUUUGCUAUGUAUUUCAGAUUUUCUUGUAGUAACUUGCAUGUACAGUUUGAUGUAGCAGGAAUGAGAUCUUUGGAACUUGAUUGAACAUGGUUUAAAUGGUUCUAUUGCCUUACUGGCUCUUGGAGCAGUGCUGUCAGCAGUCUUAAAAGCAUAAAAUUUAGUGGUGUUUUUAAAGACCAGUUAGUUAAAUAAGUGGAAUUUUGCUAUGUAUGUCAGAUAUUCUUGUAGUAACUUAUGUGUAUGCAUGUACAGUUUGGUGUAGCAGGAAUGAGAUCUUUGGAACUUGAUUGAACAUGGUUUAAAUGGUUUUGUGCAUUAAUCAUACUGUAUAGCAGCAUGGGUGGCAGAAUUAAUAGUAUUACAUUUAUUUGAAAUGGUGUCUGUUAAAUGUAAUUGUUGUGUUGUUAACAUUGGUCUAGUGGCCCAAAACAGACCAGACCUUUUCAUUGGAGAAUGCUUACCACUGGAAAUUUCGUAAAAUUAUAUAAACAUCAAGUAAGAGAUUUAAGUAGGAUUCCAUAUUCUAGAAAAUCUUGUGUUAGACAGAAAUACUUGACAUUGAUAGAAAGUGGAACCUUAGCUUGCAUUUCUUCUCCCAGACAAUAUAAACACAUUCUAUAUUAUAAGCACAUUUACAAGUAUUCACAUGUACUUAUAGGUUCAAAUGUAUUGUAUCAUAUGUAUAGUAAGUACGCUAUAAGCAUGUACACGUAUACACCUAUUCGUACAGGUAAACACGUUAAUGUGAUGAUUAUAUAUGUAUUUGAGUAUACAAUAUUAUAUUGUUUUGCACUCUUAUUGGAGAGUAACAACAUCGCUGUAUGAUAAUCAGGUUUGGAAUGCAAUAAUACCGGUGUGUGAUCUCUAAUUACAUCAGUUAGGAAACGAGUUCCCCCAACCAGGUGCAGUCAAAAUUUUUGUAGAACUAGAUAUCAAAGUUUGGUACACCAUUUGAAAGGUUGUUCUUUCAUACAACUAUUCUAUCAACAAUAGAACUCCUCAUCAUUUUAUGUUUACCUACAUUUGCUUAGCUACCCUCCUAAAACAUGCAUGGAUUUGACCAGACUGGUACAAAGAGCCGUCAUCAAGUUUCUCACUAAAGAAGGUGGAAAGAGCAUAUAGUUUGUGAUGAUGAUCUAUUCCAGAAUUUGAAUACAUUUUUCCUUCUUCAUACCUCAGUGGCGUAGCGUGGGUUGCCAACACCCGGGACAAGGCAAGUAUUGCGCCCCCUAACCAGUGGACCGUUAGCUCUCCCCGAGUCCCUACCUCCAGUCCAGAAUUCUGCACCCAGGGCAACGGCCCUGGUGGCUCCGCCCACGCUACGCCACUAUGACACACAUGCACCUGGUUUGUGGAUAAUGAAAGUUUGAAAUGUGCUGAUUGAUGGGUUGGUAAAAAAGAGUUGCAUUUUGCUGGCCUCAGUAGUUUGGAGGAUAACUGGGCCAAAUGAAUUGAGAUGAAGGAUGAUUGCAUUCAUAAGUAUUGUACAAACAUUUAGUUUGUCAUCACUUUUAUGCCUACCUAGUUCUACAGAAGUUUUAGCUGCCCCGCCUAUAAAUAUUGACAAAGCACGCAACUGUGAUUUAUGGGAACUGUCAUGACCUUGUAAAAUGUUAGAUUUUAUACAGAGAUGAUUUUGAAUGUC